AUGUUCUUGGUCUCGAAGGCGGCGUUCGACGGCGGCCUGAACCCUUCCGUUUUGGUCUUCUACCGGCAAGUAUUGGCCACCGUCAUCCUUGCUCCUCUCGCCUUCUUCCUCGAAUGGAAGCAUUCGCCGUCGCUCUCGCUGGUCAUCUUCUGCAAGAUUUUCAUGCUUGCUCUCAUUGGGAUAACGGUGACGAUGAACAUCCAUGGCUAUGGCUUGCUUUAUACCUCUGCCUCCUUGGCGGCGGCCACCACUAAUUGCCUUCCCGUCGUUACUUUCUUCAUGGCCGUUAUCUUUAGGGUGGAAACCUUGAAGGUCGGGAGUACACCUGGAAAGGCGAAACUAGUAGGGUUGAUGACAUGCAUGGGUGGAGUAGCAUCUCUAGCAUUCUACCAAGGCCCCCAUUUCAAGCUCUUCUGCCUCUUCAAGCAUUCCUAUGGGCAAAGCCAAUACCUUGAAUCUCACAAUACGUGGAUCAAAGGUUGUUUCUUGAUGCUCACAUGUAGCUUCACUUGGGGCUAUUGGCUUGUCUUUCAGGCAAGACUUCAGAAAAGUUACCCACCGAAGCUUCUUUUCACGGCUCUUCAGUGCGCUAUGAGCUCUUUCCAGUCAUUCUUUGUUGCAAUCACAAUAGAAAGAGAUUUUAAUGAGUGGAAACUUGGCUGGGAUAUGAAACUCGUCGCUGUGAUAUAUUGUGGUGUUGUGGUGACUGGGGUCACCUAUUACUUGCAAGCAUGGGUCUUGGAGAAGAAAGGACCAGUCUUUCUAGCCAUGUCUACUCCUUUGGCUUUCAUCUUUACAAUGGUGUGCUCUGCACUAUUGUGCGACUUCAUCGACCUUGGAAGUAUCUUGGGUGGAGUGCUAUUGGUUGGUGGGCUAUAUAGUGUUUUAUGGGCAAAAGUCAAAGAAGAGAAGCAUAUUAAAGUCGAUCAGGAUCAUGCGAAGAAUACUAUACCACAAGUGGAAGUACAAGUCUGCUCAAUAGAGGUUAAAAAAGUUGUUACAAGUGGCACCUGUGCUACAACUACCAAUUUCGUCGCCGCAUAA